AAGAGUAGAAUCAUCAUGAAUUGGUUGUUGCUUUCUUUUCUCACGUUUGUAGUCUUGGCAAUUGUUUUCGCAGAAAAAGACAUGUAUACUACAAAAUACGACAAUAUUGACAUUGACAAAAUUUUGGAUAAUGAUAGAAUAUUUAGAAGUUAUAUCGACUGUUGUUUGGACAGGGGAAAGUGCACCUCUGACGGAUUGGAACUGAAAAAAAACAUCAAAGCUGCAAUUGAAAACGAAUGUGAAAAAUGCAGUGAGGCACAGAAGAAAGCAAUCAAGAAAGUCGGAAAAAAGCUAUAUGAAGAAAAGCCCAAUUGGUGGCAGGAGCUUUGUGACCAUUUUGACCCAGACAAAAAAUACAGAACAAAAUAUCAGAAGUACAUUGACGAUGCCCUAGCUGAAGAAGACGAUUGAAUGAGGAAUUCAUACUGUUUGGAAUUGAGGUCGAGUGCUGGAAGUUAUAGUUUCAUAUAUUU